CAUGGCUGUGCGGAGGGAAUGAUGCUCGUGGCCGCGGAUAUUUUGGCGAUUAUCCCUCUCUGGGAAGGCUAAUAAUGUCGAGACUUGCCGAUUAUUUUGCCAUCGUUGGAUACGACCACACGAAAGACCGAAAUGGCAUUGGUAGCGGUAAAAUCAUUCAGCGGUUCCCUGAAAGGGACUGGCCGGACACCCCAUUUAUUGAGAGCCUGGAGCUGUUCUGUCAACCACAAGGGUGGGCACUGUCGACAGAACGGCAAGAGCCUAAAUUCUUUGUAUCGGUGCUGACAGAUAUUGAUGCAAAACGACAUUACUGUGCAGUUCUUUGUUUUAAUGAGGCAGUCUCCAUCACACCCAGCAAACCAACUGAUGAGGAGGAUGACAGCGUGGAUUUGGGUAGUGGGGGAGUGCGUGGUGUGGGCCCCCCUGUGCCUCUCAUCACCCACCACUCCAUUAUGUAUGCCCCUAAGUGCCUGGUCCUUAUUUCUACGCUUGACUACUUUGAGACAUUUAGGAAUUGUAUGGGCAUUGUGUACACAGUGUAUAUGGAAGGGCUAGGUGUAAGCAUGGAGACACUUAUAGGCAACAUGGUGGGCUAUGUUCAGGUACCUCCACCAGGGGGACCGCAGGUUCGGUUCAGCAUUGGUGCAGGAGAUAGACAAGCUCUCCAGCCUCCAGCCUCUCCAACUCUUCCUGUCACCGGUACUACUGUUCUUAGCCUCUUCAACCAAUUAGGAAUCAAGAAUGUUUUGGUGCUGUUUUGCGCUGCCCUCACCGAACACAAGAUUCUCUUCCACAGUCAAUCUUACAAUCGACUUACAGAGUCCUGUCAUGCCCUUAAAGCUCUCCUCUAUCCCUUCAAGUACUCCCACGUCUACAUUCCAAUUCUGCCAGCAUCUUUGGUUGAGGUUUUGUCCACACCAACGCCCUUCAUCAUGGGAGUUCAUUCUCACCUCCAGCAUGAUGUUGUUGAACUGAUGGAUGUAAUUGUUGCCGAUCUCGAUGGAGGAUCUAUCCGUGUCCCAGAAAGUCUGACGGUGUCUCUCUUGCCAGAGCCAUUCUGGAGCCAGACCCACGCUGCUCUCUCGAAGGUGCUUCACCCUGAUCUCAGCACCGCAGACAAUGCCUUUCCCUCAAGUGCUGGUAUCAGGGCCUCCCCGCAUAUUGUGAUGGACAAAGAAAUCAGAGCUGUGUUCAUGCGCAUGUUCGCCGAAUUAUUACAGGGUUACCGAUCAUGUCUCACCAUUAUCAGGAUACAUUCAAAGCCAGUUAUUACCUUCCACAAGGCAUCUUUCCUUGGUAACCGUGGAAUGGUGGACAAUGAAUUUGUGGGCAAGGUCUUAGACUGCAUGUUCUUCACCACAUUUGUCACGGAGAGAGGCCCCCCCUGGAGAGUCUGUGACCUAUGGGAUGACCUCUACUCUGGCAUUGGGGACCAACUACGUCUGGAGCAACAUGAUAGUCGAAUGCUUCUAGUCCAUAUUCAGGAACUUGGUCAGCAGCUGUACAGCAAUGAAAACCCAAACCCACAGCCAUUUGUUGCCAAGAUUCCUAAGCCCACUGAGGGUUCAUUUACACGUAUCCAUCAACCAGUCUUCCCACAUAUAGAUGUUCAGCAGGUCCAAAGUAUCAUUGAUGAAGGCACUGCCAAAAAAAGCAUUAAAAAAAUCCCACAGAAAGUGGGCCAGCCAAGAAUUGUUCCUAUGGGCCCCCAUAUCUCUAGUCUACAGUCAGGCAGAGGAUUAGUUUCAAGUUCUGCAAGAAGAUUAGAGGUUAUGAGGAAUUGUGUGAACUGCAUAUUUGAGAACAAAAUAAGUGAUGCUAGAAAGACAUUCCCUGCAGUAUUAAGAGCAUUAAAAAGUAAAGCAGCUCGCUUGGCUCUGUGCACAGAGCUGAGUCACCAUGUCCAGGGCAAUAAAGCUGUUUUAGAACACCAGCAGUUUGAUUUAGUGGUUAGGCUAAUGAAUUGUGCACUGCAGGAUGAUUCUCCAAUGGAUGAGCAUGGUGUUGCAGCUGCUCUGCUUCCUCUCUCCACAGCCUUCUGUCGGAAAUUAUGUACAGGAGUUAUACAGUUUGCCUAUACUUGCAUACAGGAUCAUUCAGUAUGGGGCAAUCAGCAGUUUUGGGAAGCAGCAUUUUAUCAAGAUGUUCAGAAGGAAAUCAAGAGCUUGUACCAAGAUCGAUCUCAGCAAGCUAGUCGGACUUCACUCUCAUCUGAUACGUCUUGUAUUAAGGAUCCAUCAUUAAGUCCUGUGAACCCAAGAGAUCCCUCAGAUUCUGGUUCUUGGAAGGAGUCCAGAUUGUCCUUCCUCAGACCGCAUGAGUCUUCAGCUUUGGAAAUUGCAGCAGAGCAGAUGAGGCUCUGGCCUAAUAUUGAAACAAGAAAACAACGGGAAAUAGUGGAACAAGAGGAGUCCACUCUAUACUCUCAGGCAAUCCAUUAUGCAAAUAGGAUGGUGUUCCUUAGAGUUCCCAUAGAUGUUAAUGCAGCCACACAUAGACGUACCUUCAAUGAACGUGACACUGCCAGUAACAGUAUUACAAAUAGCAUGGCAGAGAGUGAUAGUUUAGAUGCUGAGUCCGGCUUUGAAGACCAAGAACAAAGUGACCGUGAAGCCAGCGUAGUGCGCUUUGUGGCAAGAUUUGUUGACAAAGUAUGCACGGAAGGUGGUGUGACAGAGGAACACAUCAAGUCGCUACACCAAAUGAUACCAGGAGUUGUAGCCAUGCAUGUGGAGAUGCUGGAUGCUGUGUACAAAGAAUCCAAGCGUUUACCACCUAUACAGAAGCCCAAGAUAUUAUUGCCAUCGUUAGUGCCGGGUGAAGAAGUAGUGUAUGAAGGCUUGAGAGUUUACCUGCUUCCGGAUGGGAGAGAAGAUGCUACAGGUGGUAGUAUUGGAGGCCCAAUACUGUUGCCAGCUGAAGGAGCACUGUUCCUCACCAACUACAGACUCAUAUUCAAGGGUCUGCCUACAGACCCAUAUGCAUGUGAACAAGUUGUUGUAAGAUCUAUGCCAGUCUCCUCCAUCACACGAGAGAAGAGAGUCCCUGCCAACCAGCACCCAGGACCCAUGGAUCAGUGGCUGAGUGAAGGCCUCCAGAUACGCUCAAAUACCUUCCAGUUAAUCAAAGUCGCUUUCGAUGAAGAGGUCUCACCUGAAAGCAUAGAAACAAUGCGCAAGAUGAUAAACCGGCUACGACAUCCACCAUACAUAAUGAAUCUCUUUGCUUUUGUGGGCCAUAGUCAUGUUCCACAAACACCAAGUAGACAACAGAAAGAUAAGCCAGGAUAUGGAACAUUAAGAGGUUUUGCCAAGAAAACUUUAAUGAAGACUGCAAAGGUAGCUGGCCUGAAGUCUGGUAAGGGUAACAAACGGAACAAGUAUCACUUCCCAAGCAACAACAAGUCAAUGACCUCUCCAGGGAGGAUGAGUUUAGCCCAAAUGGCCAACAUGGACCUCAGCAAUGAGAACCUGGCCAUUGAUGAUGAUCUGUCCGUUGUUGAUGAGCAUGAAGCCUCUGGCCUCAGUAAUGGCUCUACAGGGCAGUUAUCUGUGGGUGGAUUGGUGGGAGUGCGAGAGGUAGACAGCAAGACCCUGGAGAAGCUCUCUGAACGGAGCUACCACAAGGACUACAUGCGCUUGGGGCUCGGCAGUCUAGCAAGCAACUCCACCACUGUACCUCCAAGGACAAAGUCAGACUUCAGAAUCACUACUUGUAAUGUCAACUAUCAACUUUGUAGAAGUUAUCCAGCCCUGUUGUCUGUGCCCCCCAACACGGGUGAUGAUAGCAUUCACCGCCUGGCACGAUGCUAUCGCCAAAAUCGCUUGCCAGUUAUUACUUGGAGACACCCACGCAACAAGGCUCUACUCCUGAGGGGUGCUAGCUUCCACGGCAAAGGUGUAAUGAGCAUGCUAAAGGGACCGCCAACAACAACAGGCACAACAAGUGAGGUAUCAUAUUCAGUGGAGCAAGAGAAGUACCUUGCAGCAGUUGUACAGGCAACCCCUCUGUCCGUCCUGAGAGAAGGGUCCACUUGGCGACUCACAGGCUCUUCACCUUCAAUCAACUCCUUGGUGCUGGCCGCAGGGGGUGCAACCUUGGAAGUCCCCCCCUACCAUCCCACUUACCCCACACUCACACCAGAAGUGGGGCGCAAGUCAAAUCCCUUAUCGAAGGCUAUGAACACAUUACGGACAAGCGGGGGCAAGGGUACUGGCAGGAUGGGUCGGUGGGGCUCCCUGCGUGGAGCACGACCGGGUGUGCCGUCCAGUGGGGGUGUAGGAGGGACCUUAGGGACCCUCCGCCACCACCCCACAUCCACCCCUGCCCUUCGUUCCAGCAUCAACACGGGGCCAAGGCUCUCCGUGGACUCAACGGACAUGGGAACAGAAGCCGUGCAAUCCUUCCACAAAGCUGCUCUCUAUGUGUUUGGAGAAAAGACACAAAUUAAGGGCAUCAAAACAGAUGCUUACCACAAGACAGAGUUCAUCCCCGUGGAAUACACAGAGGUGCGCCAAAUCAAGUCCUCAUUCAAGAAGCUGAUGAGAGCCUGUGUACCCUCCUCUCCAGCUGCUGAACAAGAACAGUCCUUCUUCAGAGCAAUCGAGAACAGUGAAUGGUUGAAUCAGCUGGAGACCCUCCUGCAGGUAGCAGGGGCCAUUGUUGACCUGAUUGAUUUGUUGGGGGCAUCAGUUAUGCUUCUCCUAGAGGAUGGAUGGGACUUCACUGCUCAGGUAACCAGCAUAGCUCAACUCUGCUUGGAUCCAUACUACCGCACUAUUGAAGGGUUUAGAGUCCUGAUUGAGAAAGAGUGGCUUGCAUUUGGUCAUCGAUUCAAUCAUCGCUCAAAUCUCCUCCAGGGAUCCCAAGCUAGUGGCUUUGCUCCUAUAUUCCUUCAGUUUCUAGAUGCUGUCCAUCAGAUCCAGCGGCAGUUUCCCUUGUCUUUUGAAUUCAAUGAAUACUACCUCCGUUUUUUGGCUUACCACUACGUGUCAGCUCGUUUCCGCACAUUCUUGAGUGAUUCAGAGCUAGAGAGAGCAGAGUUAGGCAUCAUGACAGAGGAAGACAAGCGAGGUUCCUUGUCGAGACACCACAAAGGCUUAGAGGCAUCGCAGGAUGAUGACAUUUAUCCAGGAGGAGGGAGAGUAUCAUCACCAGGAUCUUCAGGACACUUAGGCACAUCUGUAUUUGACUACAUAGAGAAGCACAGUGGCCGACACUCCAGCUUUUACAACUUCCUUUAUGUUGGAGACAGAAUUAGUGAUUCUGCAGUAUUGAGGCCAGUGAAGGAGUUGAGUGCACUUCAGCUGUGGAGCUACUUGAUAGGGGAAGAGCUGCGUCAUGGCCCUUCCUAUGACCCUGAGGUACGCAGCCUAGACCGACAACAAGAGGAGGAGGCAGAGGCCGCAGAUGGCACAACCACCACUUCCCAGCGCAGGAUUGUUAUUAGUGGAUAUGAUUGUGUGUGGGGAGUCCAGGCAGAUACCUUCACAGCACAGCUGGAGGAGUUGCGUCAUUUGGAGCUGGAACUGGGACACCUCCCCCAGAAGUGGAAUGUGCACUGGGAUAAGCUGGAAUUGCCUCCACCUGAACAGCUGACACGUCAAGUGUCCAUGACCACGCAGAUGGUUCGGCACCAUGGGCGAAGUGUGCACAAACGCAGCACCAUUGAGAUAUUGAUCAGAGGCAAGACCAGCAGCAGUGCAGGUGGAGGAGGCGACACACCACAGGGCUGCUACUCCCAUCCUCACCGCUUUGAGAAAUACAACUACACCACGCCUUCGUACUGCGACCAUUGUUCAUCUCUCCUGUGGGGGCCCUUGAAGACUGGCAUGCGAUGUAUGGACUGUGGGUAUAACUGCCAUGAGAAGUGCAUAGAGUCUGUACCAAAGAACUGCACCAGGUUUAAGAGUGUGAGGGAAUCAGGAGUGAGUAUCCAAACAAGCACAAAACCGACCAGCUUAGACAACACUUCAGUUGGAUCAGGGGUUACUUCAUUGCAAACUACAUCUCACCAGUACUACGAACAGUUUUCUUCUAAUGUUGCUGAAAACCGCACACACGAGGGUUACUUAUGGAAACGUGGUUCACUUCUCAAAAACUGGAAGCAGCGUUGGUUUGUACUCGAUAGCAUGAAGCAUCAACUGAGAUACUAUGACAGCAUGGAAGACUCACACUGCAAGGGCAUUAUAGAAUUAUCUGAUGUUGUUGCUGUGGUUCCAUCUGGCCCAACCCAAGGAGCACCAAAAAAGGUUGAUGAGAGAGCCUUCUUUGAUCUGCAGACAAAGCGCCGCCUGUAUAACUUCUGUGCAUCAGAUGGUGCGGCUGCUCAGGAGUGGAUUGAAAAGAUCCAGUCGUGUCUGCAGUAGAUGGAAGAAGAAAAGAAGCAAUGCUGUUUUUCUUGCAACCGUGUCCGAUGUGCUUUGCUGAAAUCUUCCAAACAAUUGGCUGUCAAUUUUUGUUCAGUAUUAUUAUGGUGUUUCUGAGGCAAUUACAUGAUUUCUAUUUCCUUGUUCAUUUUCUUUUUUUUUCUUCUUCUUCUUCCUUUCACUUCCUUUCUCCCAGUCUCAAGUUCUAUGUAAAUACAAAUUUUUGAUUAGAAGAAAAUUUGCA